UAGCUUACUCCUGGCCUACUCGGGUAAUUGAUCCCCACGCGCGCGUUCUGUCAUUCCUCAUCUGACGUAGUGGUUCGUAGCCGCCCAUAGAUCGAGACUUCUCGGAAAGAAGGAACCGCAGAUGAGGAUAGCGAUCUGGGUGCAAGACAUAUUCCCCGCCCUCCGGCAGGCCCUCAAUGACAGGGACAAGAUCAUUUCAAACACGAGUCUCGCCACCGCCAUCAUGCUCGCCUCGCUGGAGAUUAUCUCGCCCACCGCCUUCGGGUAUGAUAUUCCAUGGCAGCGGCACCUGAACCUGGCUCGGACGCUCAUGUGGAGGCGGCUGGCCGACCUACGCAGGACAAACGAGAAUGGACUGCAGGAGGACGGCUCGUGUGCCUUUCUGUGGAGCUGGUUCGCGUACUUGGAUGUUUUGGGGAACUUGAGUGGUGGUGUGCCUGAUGCGGAGUCUUCGCGGCUCUGGCUGCUCGAAUACACGGUUCAUAAUCCCGGCUAUCACCGGGAUGAGAUUGACUGUAUCAUGGGGUUCACUACGCGCUGUGUCCAGGUACUAGCCCAGAUCGCAGAGCUGGCGCGCCGUUGCGACGAGCAGCGGUUCGCUCUGAGCGGGCACUCGCCGCAACUUGUCUGGUCUCCGAAUGCAGCUUGCGCCGAGCGGGCUCAGCUCUUGGAACAGGAGCUGAUGUUCAGCAUAGCGCAGACGUCACGCCCGUGCAGACAUAUUACCGUCACCAACCAGAACUGGAGUCGAAGUCAGGACAACGGCGUUGAGGUUGAUAGCCAGGAUAAUAGGGAAGAGAUGGUUCUCUUGAACGAGGCGUUCCACUGGGCUGGGCUCGUGCACUUACACAGGCGCAUCCUAGGCAAGCCACCGGGCCACGAGGACGUCCAGGGCCCGGUGACGAGGAUCGUGGCGUGCUUGGAGGGUAUCGUGCCGGGCGGGUCGGCGGAGACGGGGUUCCUGUUUCCCAUGUUUACGGCUGGGUGUCAUGCGCUGGAUGGGGCGCAGAGGAGCAAGAUAUUAGAGAGAUUUCGGAGCGUGGAGAGGAAUGGGAUGACGCAGGUUCACAAGGCGAGAGUGCUCAUGGAGAAGGUGUGGGUUACGGGACAGCCGUGGGAGCCUUUGCUGUGUACGGAAUUCAUUGGGUGAUUUUUAUCAUCUUUCUUUUCCCCUAGGGAUGGAAACGGCCAGCAACCGAGAUUAAUGUGUUUUCAAGGCAAGGCGGUUCCCUUGUCGCACAUUUACGAAUGGAGGAUGGUGUUGGAUAGAGAUAUUGACGGGGGGUGGGCACAUCAGGGAAAGCAUUUGUUAUCUGCAUUUUCCAUCUUCACGACAUUUAUGAGACUAUGAUCUGAAUGAACUUUCUACAUUGGGAGAGAAGGCUCGCGCUGGAUAUAUCAGAGCUGAUGGGAAUACACGUACUUUGCUUGAAUUCCUCGAUUUCCUUCGUGCAAGAUCGUUAAGGCAUGUACAUACACAUACGUCAAGACAUCUAUUAGGUACCUUAUAGUCU